UGACUGUCACCACAACUGUCAAAGUUGUCAACAAAUUGGUGUGGUGAUUUUUCGUUCACGCAUUUGUUGAUAUUUCUCUUGAAGAAUAAACCUGUAAAAAUGAGUUCUGGAUUUAUAUCAGAGACUGAAAUUCUAGAAGCCAGACGCCGGCGUCAAGAAGAAUGGGAGAAAGUGAGGACUGACGACCAACCAAAAGAGGCCCCAGAAGAGCAAUAUGACAGUAGGCCACUAUUCCAGCGCCUGGAGGAGCAGAGGCUUAAAAAGGAAGCAGAGUAUGAGGAAACUCACAAAUUGAAGAAUAUGAUCAGAGGGCUGGAUGAUGAUGAGGUUGGAUUCCUGGACCUGGUGGAGCAGAGCAAGGCUAAGGCAGCGCAGCAGAUAUCCCUGGAGGAGCAGAAGGAAAUGCAGGAGUUCAGGGAGCGGGUGUCCACAUUAGCAGAGAGUGAGGAGCUAACACGUCUGCGCGCGCAACUGGCGCCCGCGCGGUCCACGCCCGCGCCCGCGCCGCAGGCACAGAAGAACAAACUGCUUGGAGUGAUUGUGCGAAAGAGGAAAGCAAGUGAGAUGGAAGAUGAGAAACAAGAGAAAGGUGCUCCCCCAGCCAAUACUAACGGAAUAACCAACAGCAGUGACUCCAAAGAGAACGGAUCCGAAGCCCCCGCGGUGGGAGGCACGCUGCGCUGUAUCGGUGUCUUACCUGGACUGGGGCACUACGACACAGAUUCCACUAGCGACACCGACGAAUCCAGCGAUGAGUCGAUCUGCAACGACAAGUCCUGCAAACGCGAUCUCCUGGGCAGGCGGCCGGAGCCGGCCGAGUCGGAGUCUCGAAGCCAAGCCAAGAGUUAAACUGGACCAGGUUAUUAUUUAGGUAAUAGAUUAUUUCCGCGAUCUAGACUUCAGCAGUCUUGCGAAAUAAGGCCGAUUCAUUCACUAAGAAUUGUCCAUAGACAAUUGAAUGAAUGUAAUAUCAUUCAUAAACUUGUCUUUGCUAUUUGAAAGUGGUCCUGAAAAAAAUUACAAUUUCAUCACCAUUAACAAAAGAAGAAAUUGUGAGACAUUGGCGAAAUCGUGGUUCCCAAAACCUUAUUCAUUGCCAUUAAAAAAGUAGAGGUACACACGGCCACACUGUUAACUAUCCAUUUCCGUUUUUGCUCUCGCUCUCAUCAAAUGGUGAUUCUUUGCGAUAGAACGAGAUGACAUGACUGGCAAUGGGCAGUUAACCCUGUCGCCGAUAGUACAAUUCAGUGUUAGAAUCAUACCUUAUUUACAAAAUUGCUAAAGUAUAUUUGUGGGAUUAUGCAUUGGGAUUAAUGAGUAUCUUUAAGUAUAAGCAAAUAAGUUCCUUGUUCAUUAAAUUCUGCGAUUGGGCACUAAGCCUUAAACUCAGCAGAACUUUUGCUUCUGCUUAAUCUUUUGAGACAACGUUGAUUUAAAUCUUUCUUGUGAUAACAAAAAUUAUAGUAAGUUAUUUUGUGUGCCCCAUUUGGGAAUCGAACCCAGGACCGAAUGGAGAGAUAAGUUUUAAAUGAUGCUAUGCAUCUAAAACGAAACAUUUCUGUUGAAUCAGAAACAAUUUAUUUAAGGUUUUUAUAUAUUUUCGCAAGAACUUGCUAUGUCUCUGCAAUAGUCGUGCAAUACACGAAAAUUAUUAAAUAUUGAAACACUUGCAAGGAUUCUGUAAAAAAAAUACCUGAGCUCACUAUCCCUUUGACUAUCUGUGUUUUAGGUGUAUAAUAUAAAAUAUUAUGUAAUAUUUAAGUUAUACAAAUAAAUAUUUGUAUAUUA